CCUUUUGACGCCACAUAUCCUGCUUUUUAGGAGAAAGAACGGAGACUUUCAAAGAGAACUACAACUCCCUCUCGACCGGGGCAAAAUAAGUCUACUUCCGCGGGCAUCUUGGCCUCUUUGGCUCAUGGGAGUUGUAGUUUUCUCAUUUAUUUUCUCGCCUGGACGUGGCUGUAAAUUACAGAUCGAUAGUAGUUGGCACCGGUCACAUUAUAACUUUCUUAUGUAAGAGAGAAAAGAGCUUGCGACGAGGCCCCUCGAAGGUCCCUUUAAGGAACACUUGCACGUUCUUCCAAUUUAGAACCCCUGGAGCAGGGUUGCCUGGCUGCAGCAGAGGCCAAAGGUCAUUGCUUUGUUGGAAGCAGAGCACAGGGUGGGGUCAGAAGGGAGGGGGAUUAGGGGAGGUUCCAAGGGAAUCCCCCGUCCUCCCUCUAAGCCCUCUUCUCUCCCCUGCUUACUUCCCAGAGACCCAGAGAUUAUGUCCCUGGUUUCCAAAGAGAGGGUCAGUUAUGUUUAGAAAUUGGCCAGACAGGCAAGGAAUUGAGGUGUGAAUGUGAAAAGCUUCUCCAGGUAGGAGAAGAGGAGAGGUCUCCAGGAUCCCAGGCAGAAUGUCUCGGGAAAGUGAUACAUGGAAGAAAGAGGCCCUGGGAGAUGAGCUAGCCGCUAUGAGACUGCAGAAGCUGGAAGAGCAGUGGCGUCUGUUUGAGAAGAAGCAGCGACGGAAGCGCCAAGAGCCCCUCAUGGUUCAGGCCAAUCCUGACGCUUCAGUGCGGCCACGGAGACCGAGGCGGCGGGAGGAACGCUUCUCGGCUGACAGCGGCCCCAGGAACCCUUUCCUUCAGGAGAAUGUGCCAGAAGCGCAUUUGUGCCCUGGAUCCCACGGUAUCCUGGGCACCGUGAGCUGCGGUGGAGAUGGCAGUGGCGAGCGUGACCCUCUGUUACCGCCGACAGAAGCAGGCAGUUCUGAUCUGGAGUUGGAGGAAGUCUCCGUGGAGGAUGUUCCUGCCUCGCCACCUCCUUGUGAAGAGCCUCCGGGGACUCUUUUGCAGCGCAAAGGCUGGCCAGCCUGCCAACGAUCUGGCGCUAGUGCUGAGGACAAGAGCGAAUUACAGGAUGUUGGAAUUGAAUACGAAGUGCCCAGUGCCAGAUCAAGCCCUGGAAUGGAUGGUGACGGUGGCCUUGGAGACUUGGCCUCCAACAAGGGCGAAGACCUGGAAGAGAAGAAAGAGGAGCCGGAGUUUACCAUGAGGAAAUCCCCAGGGACGGCCGACGAAGUGGUGUCCGAGGGCGCGCGCGGCGCGGGCAGCGGCGAUGUGGGGAACUCGCCCCGCACGCCUCCCUGCGCCCCAGGCCCUCGGCUGGGCGAGGACAUGAGAGCAUAUGUGCUGCGGCCAGCGAUGCGCGGUCGCACGGUGCAGUGUCGCAUCAGCCGCGACAAGCGCGGGGUAGACAAGGGCAUGUUCCCGUUCUACUAUCUCUACCUGGAGGCGGCCGACGGCCGAAAGCACUUCCUUCUGGCGGGGCGCAAGAGAAAAAGGAGCAAAACCUCUAAUUACCUCAUCUCCUUGGACCCUACAGACCUGUCUCGGGAUGGGGACAAUUUUGUGGGCAAAGUCAGAUCUAAUGUCUUGGGCACCAAGUUCAGCAUCUUCGACAAUGGGGUGAAUCCGGAAAGGAAACAUUUUUUUCCGGAGACAGCUCGGAUCAGGGAGGAGCUGGGGGCUGUAUGUUAUGAGACCAACGUCUUGGGAUUCCGAGGGCCCCGGAAAAUGAAUGUUAUUAUUCCGGAAAUCAACGCCCAGAACCAGAGAAUCUGUGUCCAGCCACAAAAUGAACAAGAAUCGCUACUGAGUCGCCUCCAACGGGGGGCCAGCCAGGGCCUGGUCCUGCUGCAAAAUAAAGCCCCAUCGUGGAACGAUGAGAGCGGUGCCUACGUGCUCAAUUUUCAUGGUCGGGUCACACGGGCCUCGGUCAAGAACUUCCAGAUCGUUCAUCCGGAUGACACGGACUACCUCGUGCUCCAGUUUGGUCGUAUAGCCCCAGACACGUUCACCAUGGACUUCCGCUUCCCACUUUGCCCGCUCCAAGCCUUUGCCAUCUGCUUGUCCAGUUUCGAUGGGAAGCUGGCAUGUGAGUAAAUUCAAUAAAUAACUCAUCAGCU